CCAUCAACUCAAAUCCAUCAACAAACUCAAGCAACAAAGCAAAUCUUUCAAAUUUUCUCUCUUUCCAAACACAUUUUUUUGUCUCUUCAAGAAAAACUCAAGUGUGAUCAUGGCUCCAAAUCUCACCACCUCCACCAAGACUACCACUUCUCUGGUUAAGCAAGCUAGUUUAUCUAGCCGUGCCUAUGUGACGUUCUUGGCUGGAAAUGGUGACUAUGUGAAAGGUGUUGUGGGGUUGGCCAAGGGGUUGAGAAAGGUUGAUAGCAAGUACCCACUAGUGGUGGCCAUUUUGCCAGAUGUUCCAGAGGAGCACCGUAAGAUUCUGGUGUCUCAAGGGUGCAUAGUCAAGGAGAUUGAACCUGUAUACCCACCUGAGAACCAGACCCAAUUUGCCAUGGCUUAUUAUGUCAUCAACUACUCCAAGCUUCGUAUAUGGGAGUUUGUGGAGUAUAGCAAGAUGAUAUAUUUGGAUGGUGACAUCCAAGUGUUUGAGAAUAUAGACCACCUGUUUGAGUUGGAAGAUGGCUACUUUUAUGGUGUUAUGGACUGCUUCUGUGAGCAGACAUGGAGUAACUCUCCACAGUACAAGAUUGGCUACUGCCAACAGUGCCCUGAUAGGGUUCAGUGGCCUGCUGAGUUGGGUCCUAAACCUCCCCUAUACUUCAAUGCUGGCAUGUUUGUUUUUGAGCCCAACCUGUCCACGUACCAUGACCUGUUGACCACUGUCAAAGUCACCACUCCUACCCUCUUUGCUGAGCAAGAUUUCCUGAACAUGUUCUUCAGGGACAAAUACAGGCCAAUUCCUCCAAUUUACAACCUUGUUUUGGCAAUGCUCUGGCGCCAUCCUGAGAACGUUGAACUUGACAAGCUCAAGGUUGUUCAUUAUUGUGCUGCUGGAUCCAAGCCAUGGAGGUAUACUGGAAAAGAUGCGAACAUGGACAGAGAAGACAUCAAGAUGCUGGUAAAGAAAUGGUGGGACAUUUACAAUGAUGAGUCCUUGGACUACAAGAACACCGUGGGCGCUGCUGGUGGUGGUGGAAUUGAAGGUGGUCUGCAACUACCCUUGGCUGCACUGUCGGAGGGUGGUGUUGUUCACUACAUUAGCGCCCCAUCUGCUGCCUAAGCUGUAUCAGACUAUCAGUAGUGGAAAUGCUUUGUAUAGGGAUGGAUGCAUGAGGCUUUAAUUUACAUAUAGGUGAUAAAAAUUUUAACUUUUGUGAACCCCCAUGUAUUAGAUUGGAGUGGUUUUUUCUGAUGUGAGGACCUUUUAUCCCUCCUCCGUACUGUUGGUUUUCUGAAUUGUUUUUAUAUUAAUAUCAAUAUGGAAAGUGUUUUUAGUUUUUUACUGUAA